GUACCUCUGCAAAGGGUCCUUUGGGCAGACAGUUCCGAAUCUGGAACGGUCGUGCAUGUCUUGGCGAAGAAAUCCGAGCGAAGGGGGCUCGUACUUGUCAAGGCAGAAGGAAACGCGAAGAAAGGCGCCAGUGAUGAGCUGGCGCGGGAAUGGUCGAAGUUAUUGAUGGAUGCUGCGUAUGCAGGUAAGUCCUCAACUUGUAUUGGUAGAGUUCCGUUCAAAUCUCUUGCUUGCAUAGGUGUCAAACAACAGAGACGCUUCAAGAUAUUCAUUAAUCCUAACAGCGGUCCCGGCAACGCAAAGACUCUGUACAAACGGAAAGUGGAACCCAUACUCAAGGCUUGUCGAUGCUCUCUCGAUAUCACCUUUACCGAGCGUCGAAAUCACGCAGCGGACAUUGCUGCUAAGCUGCCUCUUGACGAGUUCGAUGCUCUUCUUACUGUGUCUGGUGAUGGUAUGGUGCACGAGGUCUUCAACGGACUUGCGGCGCACAAGGAUCCUCUGAAAGCGCUUGAUAUACCCAUAGUGCCUAUGCCUGCUGGCUCUGGCAACGGGACUUCUAUUAAUUUACUCGGAAUAGAGGAAGGCUUGGAUAUAUCGGCUGCGGCCUUGAAUGCUGUCAAAGGCCGCCCAAUGAAGGUUGAUCUAUGCUCAAUACUGCAGAACGGAAAGAGGAGUUUCUCCUUCAUGUCUCAAUGCGUCGGACUCAUGGCUGACCUGGAUCUUGGAACUGAACACCUCCGUUGGAUGGGGAGCAAUCGUUUCGUCUACGGAUAUCUCCGAGGAAUAUUGACUCGCAGGAUCUGCCCUGUCUCUGUCUCCAUCAAAGCCAUAGAGACCGACAAGGUCAAAAUGGUGGAGGCUUUGAACUCCUUCGUGCCACAGACCACCAUAAACGAAAACUCAUCUCUCCCAGAAGUAGGGUGUGCUUCCGAAGACACCGAUGGCUGGAUUACCUUUGAACAGCCCCUGAUUUACUUAUAUGCAGGUAAAGGUCCAUAUGUCGGUCGUGAUCUGAUGCAAUUUCCUAUGUCGGUCCCAAAUGACGGGACUAUCGAUAUAGUCAUCCAAGGACUUGUCUCACGUGGAGAAUUGCUGGAUGCUAUGGAUGGUGCCGACAUGGGCAAAACAUUCUGGCGCGAGUCGUCGCACUAUUUCAAAGCUCAGGCCUAUCGUGUCAAACCCCUCAGCAAGAAUGGUUACCUAGCCAUCGACGGGGAAAAAUUUCCUUUUGACGAGUACUUGAUUGAAGUUCACAGAGGCCUUGGCACCGUCAUGAGUAUGUAUGGACAGUAUGUGGCUAAUUUUAAUGUGCCUCGACCUAGUAAAUGA